CCCCCAAACGACGUUGAACAUGCUGCCGCACAUCAAAUCGAGUUCGUAACCUUAAAGGGGAUACGAGACGCUGCGCGUGAUUGCUCUGUGGAUGGAUCUCACGAGCCUGGUUGGAACGGAAAGGUUCACCAGCCGCUUCUCUCCUGUGCGCUGGAGCCGAUCAAAAAAAGGUUCAAAUCUGUCAAUGACGCUGGCAAAGCCCCUAAAAGAGUUUGCCCCUCUCUACAAAGACGACCCCAGCGAUCCUAAAAUUGUCGACUUUCUCGUCACAUUUAAACCACCCCCGACCGUUGUUGAUCAGAUUCGGCAUCUUCUGCGCGCUGUACCGGAGGAGGAGCUUCGAACCAUCAACCAGACGUCCCACACGCGCUACGAACCUGCCGUUAUGUCGAUCGAGACAAAGCGAGGUCACAACGAUGAGGAUGAUGCCAAAUUUAAGCUUGCAAUGUGGACAGCUGCGUGGCAGAACCAGAUCGACCGGUUUACAAAAGGCACGACAUGUACGCCACUACCAGGCUUCAUUGUGUUUGGUCAUAUAUGGAAUUUGUAUUGGCUUGUUGAUUUCGGAACGAGCGUGUUUCCGUACCCAGUCGGGGACACGCAAACAAUUGCCGGCUGCUACCGUUUAGUCGCCGUAAUCAGGCAUUUAUGCGGCCAAUGGGUUGAAAAUGUCUUCCUUCCGUGGUUUACGGACAAUGUGCUGCCAAAAUCGACCACAUUCCCAGGCAGAGUUCCGACUUGCGCGACAACCAGUCCACAUGGUUGAGGUACGUUAAAUCGUCGGGAAGAGAUGCUAGUGAGUGCAGGAGGGAUACUCCAUGUCGGGGAUGAGUAGAGAAGGGCAAUCCGACCACCAAGUGCUCUCCAUCGCUUCAACGAAGGAAUCCGUCGGUCGGGGAGACAGGAAGGCAUACCCCUCCUCAGACG